CAAUAAAUACUGGAGAUCAGUUUGUUCCACGUGACAACCACAGAGCCGGUCUCUCAGUCAACGUCGCCAUCUUGAGAACUUGGAGGGCAAAAUGUUCCAGUCACUUGUUCAGACGGCGAAGAACAGUCCAUUUGUUGCCCCAUUCCAGGCACAAUGUGAGGGUGCAAAGAUCAACGAAAAUAGAACUAUUGCUGCUGCCAGCACAGAGGACGUCAGCUGCGAAUAUGGCUCCCAGAAAUUCUAUGCCUUAUGUGGUUUUGGUGGCAUUUUGAGUUGUGGUGUAACACAUACAGCAGUUGUGCCUCUUGAUUUGGUGAAAUGUAGGAUACAGGUGGACCCAGCCAAAUAUGGAAAUAUCAUCAAUGGCUUCAGAGUGACCAUAAAGGAGGGUGGAAUGCGUGCCUUAGGCAGAGGAUGGGCCCCUACAGCAAUUGGUUAUUCAAUGCAAGGUCUCUGCAAGUUUGGCUUCUACGAGGUGUUCAAAGUCUUGUACUCAAACAUGUUGGGGGAGGAAAAUACGUACUUGUGGAGAACGUCCCUGUAUUUGGCAGCCAGUGCUUCAGCAGAAUUUUUCGCAGAUAUUGCUUUGUGCCCAAUGGAAGCAGUAAAGGUCCGCAUUCAGACACAACCUGGAUGGUCAGAAACUCUCAGAGAGGGAUUCCCGAGAAUAAUGAAGGAAGAGGGUGUCAGUGGAUUUUACAAGGGAUUGGUUCCACUUUGGGCCCGACAAAUUCCUUACACUAUGAUGAAGUUUGCUUGCUUUGAGAGAACAGUGGAAGCCCUCUACAAAUUUGUUGUCCCUAAGCCAAGAAACGAAUGCAGUAAAGCCGAACAGCUAGUGGUGACGUUUGCUGCCGGUUAUAUUGCUGGUGUGUUCUGUGCUGUUGUCUCGCAUCCUGCCGACACCAUUGUCUCCAAACUAAACCAGGACAAAGGAAGCAACUUUGUGGAUGUUGCCAAGAGACUUGGAAUGCUGGGGAUGUGGAAGGGCCUGUUCCCAAGAAUCAUCAUGAUCGGUACACUAACAGCCCUGCAGUGGUUCAUCUAUGACUCUGUGAAGGUCUUCUUUAGAUUGCCGAGACCACCUCCCCCAGAGAUGCCCGAAAGUUUAAAGAAGAAACUUGGAAUAACAGCUUAACUUAGUAGAUUCUUAGCAAAGACAAAUUUUUACUGAUGUCUUAGGUAUAUUUAUGAUCAGCCUUGUACAUGUAUUCAACAAAUGUAAAAACAAGUAGCAAAUUGUACAAUUUUAACUUGGGCUGUGUCCAGUUCAAGAAUCAUACUGCAUAACUUUGCUGUGGAAAGAAAAGAAAAAAAGUACAUUUGCACAUUUUUUAUGCGGGUUUCUUUGGCUGCAGUGUGGUAAUAAUCAAGACAGCUGUUAACUUUUUUGAGUGCUACAUUGAAACAUGCAUUUGGAAAUAACCCACGACCCUCGGCUGUGUAAUAUAGGGUGAUGUUGUAUAAUAGGUUUGUCAGUAUGCUUUACCAUGAGUGUCUGUCGUGUUUUUUUUUUUGUGUUUUUUUUUCUUUUCAUAUGCGGAAUAAAACGGUUGUAAUGUUAGACCACAAAUGAUAAAUGCCGUGUUAAAAACUAAAAAUAAACAUGAAUGUACAUCACCAAAA